ACAAGGUUACAUGCAACAAGGAAGGUAGUAGGUACUAGGUACUUUAGGAAGGCUUGGGUUGGAAAGGAAAAACACGCUUGUUUGUGUUAUGUGUUGCAGUUGGUAGCUAUUUUCGGUACUUCUGCUGUUAAAAGGAAAUUUGAGGCAGUUAAUAAAAAAAUAUGUCAGGACCACCUCACAGUUUUCAAACGAGUUUUGCAAAUGCGCAACGCAAUGAAAGAGCCAUGCGAUCUCAGUUUGUCGGAGCCGGCGGCCCCCAGAUUCCAGGUUUAAUGGCGAAUCAGCAAGCUGCGAUGGUGGCUCAGCAGGGGUACGGCGGUGGUGUUGUCGGAAUGCAGCAGCCCCUGAGCCAACAGCAGCAACAACUGCAGCUACAACAGCAACAAUUACAAAUGCAACAACAACAACAAUUACAGAUGCAACAACAGCAGCAGCAGGUUCAACAACAGCAACAGGUUGUUGGGGAAGUACCGCAGGCCCAACCGCCACCUCAACAAGCCCAGAAAGAACUCAACACAGUUACACUUUGCCGAUAUGGCCAAGAAGCAGUACAGGAUAUUGUUUCAAGGACACAAGACUUAUUCCAAGCUCUUAAAGUUUUACAGCCUCCUAACGGCACAACUCAAGGGACCAAUGCUAGCAAUGAAAAAAAGGCCAAAAUCCAGGAGCAACUCAAGUUUUUGAAACUCUUGUUCAAAAGGCUUAGACUUAUUUAUGAAAGAUGUAAUGAAAGUUGCCAACUACAAGGAAUGGAGUACAUGCACAUAGAGAGCUUAAUUCCAUUAAAAGAAGAAUGGGAUAUGAAAUCGGAAGAGAAAAAGACAUCAGAGCUUUAUCGAGUUGCCUGUGAUGACAGCAAAGAAAUUAUUGAGCAAGUAAUUCAAAAGAAUCGUCAAUUGAAAGAAGUCAUAGAACAUUUAAGGAGGAUAAUAUGGGAAAUAAAUACCAUGUUAACUAUGAGAAGAUCUUAAUAAACAAUUUGUAAUUUGUAAGUAUUUUUAAUUUGUAAGUAUUGUUUAAAAAAUUAAAAAGAAAUUCUGACUAUUAUUUGUAUUUAUUAGUCAUACUUUAUAUUUAUUGUUUAAUUAAAUAGUUGUAUUUGUUUUUAAUUUAUAUACUUAUCAUAUUAAAUAAAAGUUUAUUUUAAAAGAAAGAA